GGUGAUUCCAGACACGCCAAGGUCAACUGUCCUCUUGCAGCAUUCGCCCCGCGGACUCGAAACGACCAUGGCAGACGAGCCGACGCUCCCCCGGAUGCCCGGCGUGUCCUGGGACGCAGGAACUGAGACAUUCGCAAACACCAGAAAACGCGCGCGCAAUCUCCUCAACCCCCCACCUCCGUUGUUCAACAAUUCGAGUGAUCCGGCCGUCUUCUCGAGCGACGAUGAUCCGCACGUGGACAACUACACCCAAGGCAGGCACAAGAAGAAACGCUAUGUCGGUUCGUGGUUUCAGCAGCAGCUCGCCUCGUCGGACCCAGCACUUGGCGAAGAUACGCGGAACCAGUCCAGGGGUGGCAAGAGAACACUAGAGAGGCAAAUGGACAGUGGAGUGUGGAUGGGCAGCGACGACUCGGCCGAUCUAGACAUGGGCGAAUCCGUAUUCGAGCUUGCGCCCGCGGAGCCGAGGCUUCCUCAACUGAGACGCCCGAUCGCUACAAGUCAACUUUCCGAAACAGAAGAGCUCGUCAGAGAGAAGAUUGAGACAGUCGUCGAACAAGGGAUUGAGGACGUUGACUUAUCGUAUGUACCCCAAUUCUUCAAAGCGGACCAAUAGUCCUGUCAACACCUUGGUUUCCUUAUAUCCGCUGACACAUGGCAGUGGUCUUGGCCUGGAAACCGUGU